CCUUUAUGACUUCAAAAGUAACAUAUCGAUGCGUCGAGACAAUGGCAAGGCCACUUGUUAUUUGGGGCCACUGCCAAACGACUUGCCAAAACCCGCUGACCUAAGGACUGGAUUGCAAAGGGUAUCUGAAACUUCUUCAAAAAGAAAGGUCAUUGUCCAAAAGUACUGGGCUGUUUCAGAAGAGGUCGACAAAGCUCUCCUCAGAGAAGCAGUGCAGGACUUCUGUGGCCAGUUUCCAGUCUUUCGCUUGCAAGAAGUUGACUUGAACAUGUUGAGCUCUGCCGCAGCUGGCUUUAGGGACAAUGGACGAACUCGUUUUGCAAGAAUGAUCGAACUUAGCAACGUACCUUUCUGUAGGAAACAAAUGGCUUCAAGACUGAGACGUUGCCAUCCAGAAAAUUGGCUUUAUAAUUAUUUGAUCCGCCAACGUCACUCCACUUGGUGGGUGAGAGAUUGCAAGUACAACCCGCAAACUUUUUCCAUGAUGUGUGAGGGAAUUGAGCACAUGUUCAAUAGCAUUAUUUGCUUCACAAUUCGUUGUCCUUAAAUGAAUUGAAAUGUCCUGUCGUGAACGAAAUUGUUCAAGAUUGACUGCACACGGAGAAAUAAAAUACAGCUUUGAAAACUCA